AUUGAAAAAGCUAACAAGACUAAUAAAUUAAAUAAGAACUUUGUUCAAUAUGAUCCAAAAACGAUACAUCCUCAAGCAAUAUAUCCAAGUAGAUAUUUGCUUUUUCUGAAACCAAAAAAAGCUGAACAUAAUUUUGAAAUCCUUGAAGAU